CAUCCAAUCUCAAAGAUCAAUACAUUCACAACAAAUUCCAUCUCAAUCUCCAAGCUCCUCAAUCAACCUCUCAACAGCAAUCAUGGGAAAGACCACCAAAUUCAAUGACCGUGACCACGCCGGAUUGGCUGAUGGUACUGCCGCUGCUACCGAACAUCUCCCUCGCUACUUCGCCAAGUCAGGCCAUGUCGAUUCUGAUCCCAAGAAGAUUAAGAAGAACGGCGCUGGAAAGGGAGGAUGGGGUCUCGAUGGUGAGGAAGUCCAAGAUGAAGGCUUUAAUCUUGCCAAUGCCCGUCGCCGCUCCAACAGCAGCUCCUAUACGGCUGGCCUGAAGGACUUCAAGACCAAGUUUGAGCAUGUCGAGCAAGAGCCAGUCUUCGAGGAGGAGCUUCACGGUGCUCCGGUCGAGGAUGACGAUGAGCUUCCUAUUACUCGUCGUGUCAAUACCGAGAGCUCCGAUGGUAGCAUCGAUGAGGAUGACAAGGCCAAGAGUGUUUAGGUUUGGUAAUACUGGUCAAGAAGUAGUCGCUGCUAUAUCAUCGUGGGAUAUCAGGCAGACAUAAAUGUUCUCUGCAGGCGGAUAGCAGGCUUAUAACUUCGGAUCAACAUCGUGGCAUCGAUGAAUUGACUGGCUUCUUUUUCCAUAAAGACCAGCUGUACUUUAGCUCAUGAAAGGCAUAGAGGUUUUGCCCAGUAAACAUGCUUUCCAGUGAUGAUUGAUUUCUCAAAUCCGACAAACAUUAAAUACAAA